AACAAGCUCGCCAGGACUUGAGCGGCCAAGACAAAGAUGAUUAAGGGAAGGUGUCAGAAAAAGUCCUUUCAAGACAGUCUGGAAGACAUUAAGAAGCAAAUGAAAGAGAAAAGGAAUAAAAACUUGGCAGAGAUUGGCAAACACAAGUCCUUUAUUGCCGCACCAUGCCAAGUACCCACUAACACUUCUACACUGCUGAAAAAUUACCAACAGAACAACAGGUUGUUAGUUUUGGCUUUGGAAAAUGAAAAAUCCAAAGUGAGAGAAGCCCAAGAUAUCACCCUACAGCUGGGAAGAGAAUGUUACUACCUUGCAUGUCAGCUAUACACUGUGAAACAGAAGCUAACUUCCCAACCAAGUGGAGAAACUGAUCAGAGCCAGACAGGAUGUCCCUCAGAAGUGGUCUCCAGUAGUGACAACACCAUCGGGGACUUGUCUGCGAAGACCUUUCAGCAAAUUGCUAUUGAAGAAAAUGACUGGCUAUUCCAAACCAAAGAACCAAGUCCCACUGUUCCUCCAGACACACUGAGGACUGAUUUUGAUUCGGGUAAAAACUCCUACGGUAUCCCACCCAAGAAUCAAGAGUCACCUGGUCAUAGACUAAAGGAUGUCACCAAUAUCCUGGGGCACCCUGUAGUGAAAAUCAGGAAACUUUCUCUGUCUCCAAAAAGGAAUGAAGACAGCCGAGUGCCUCUGCCUAAGCUCAGGUACACCACCAUCACAAACUACGAAGAGCCGACCCUCGCUUCAAAGGUAAGAAGUGGACACCCUUUCACAGACUUGCGUUUCUUGAAUUCUCCUAUUUUCAAGCAGGAAAAGGAUAUGAGACGUCCUAAAAGAACUGCAAAGCGAGCACAGUAACGCCUUUUGUUGGAUGCUGUCGA